AUGAAUAAUAAUGAACGCAGUUCAUUAGAAAUUAAUAAACAAGAAUUAAAAGAAAUAAUUUUAAGAGAAAUUAAAAUUAAAACUAAAAUACUUCAAUCAAAUCAAAAAUUUAAUGGAAUAAAAUAUGAAGGAUAUUGUAGUGUUCUUAUUGGAGAUGAAGUUCCAGGGAAAUUUACAAUUAGUACAUUUCCACCACCAAUUGAAGAUGAAUUUUUUUCAAUAGAAAAUUUAUUAAAAAUAAUUGAAAAAUUUGAAGAAGAUAUUGAAAUUAUUAAUACAGCAAUGUAUUGUAUUGCAAUUAUGGUAUUAGAAAUAACAAAUAGAAGUAAAUUUAAAAAAAGUAAAGGAAUUGAAAUUAUUAAAAAAAUAAUUAGAAAAUAUGAAUUUAAUUUAACAGUUUUAAGAUGUUGUUGUUCAAUAUUAGCAAAUGUUGGACCAUAUAUUAUUAAUUUAGAAUGUAUUAAAGAAAUAGAAAUAAUAAUAAAAAAAUAUCCAUAUGAUCAAUUUAUUCAAACAGCAUUAUGUGCAACAUAUGCAAAUUAUGCAAGAAUAAAUCCAAGAAUUAUUGUUGAAAAAGGAAUUAUAGAAAAAAUGAAACCAAUGUUAAAUGAAAUAAAUAAUACAGAUUUACAAUAUUCAGUAUUAGCAGCAUAUUCAAAUAUAUCAAGAAAUUGUAUUAUUGGACAAAAAAAAUGUAUUGAAAAUAAAAUACAUGAAAUAAUAAUAAAUAAAUUAAUAAAAGAAAAAUGUACAAUACAAUAUUGGAGAAUUUCAUGUAAUACAUUAGGAUGUUUAACAAUAAAUGGAUUAGGAUAUGAAAGUAAUGAAGUAGUUAAAUAUGCAGAAAGAAAAGGAUUAAUUGAUAAAAUUAUAGAAAUUCUUCAUAUUAUUGAACAUAAAGAAAUACAAGAUAAAAGAUUUGAAAGAAUGUAUGGAUGUUUAGCAAAAUUUGCACUUGUUCAACCAAUUAGAAGAAUUCCUAAAUUAAUUUGGAUUUGUUAUCAACAAUGUUUAAAAAAAAUAAUAAUACCAAAUUCAUUAAAUAAAAUAUUUAAUAAUGAUUCAUUUAAAUGUCAUAUUUGUAAAAAAAUAUGUGAUCCAAUGAUGAUAAGAAGUAUUAAAUUUCAAGAAAAAUUAAUAUUAAUGUCAUAUUGUAGUAUAAAAUGUUGGAAAAAAAGACAUGAAAAUUUUAAAUAA